AUGUUCAACACGCAGCAGCCACUCCCCAGUAUCCUCACAAAUCAGCCGUCAGAGAUUGUGGAAGCGAUGAGGAGAUGCCGAAAGGUGGAAGCAGCCAUCACACGCGAUCUCGAGAAAGCCACCGCUCGGCGCGAGGUCGCGACAUUGAAACAAAACCUUGUCGAUGUGCGGAUCCUUGGACAUCUCUUAUCCGUUGGACCCAGCGAAGUUGCUAAGCUACAUGUCGCUCAGACCAUCACCUCUUGUGAAGACGAUGGGCUGCUUAUCAAGCAAGGUUGUUUCUAUAACCAACACUUUGUUCGCACUUUGAACAAGUCCUCAGUUUUGAAAGCUAAAGGGCCCACUCCUGAACCAUCCAGACAUCUUUCCAUUUCAAUAUUCAAUGAGACUCAAGCCCUAGUUGUGCAAGACUUGAAACCCAGUCCUCGAGAUCAUCGGCAUGCAAAAUCCUCUGACCUGCGUCGCGAUAACCAGAGAUGCGUAAUAUCUGGCCACGUGGAGACGAAAUAUUUGGAGAGACAAGUGGCCCAGGGUUUCACUUUGAAUAUCAACUGGAAACACGUAGCGCAAACAGAGUGUUCCCACGUCUUCUCAGAGUCUACAAAUUGGGACCUUCGCAAUUACGCGAAG